AUUUAUUUAUCCUCUGAUCCCAAAGUUCAUUUUUUCAUCCCUUGCCGUAUUUGAGUCUACAGGAGGUAGAAGUGAGUGUGCGUGUGAGCUGGUGUGAGAGAGAGAUACUCUGAGACAGAAAAUAAUAAAAAAUACAGGGAUUUCCAAUUAUAGUUUAACCCUGGACCCAAUUUCCACAAAUGUGUUGGAGAAGAAGACUAUAAUAUAAAUUAUAGUAUAUGAGAAUUCCUGCAUUUAUCUCUGUAUUGAAGAUGUGGUAUUUACUGCUUCUCAGCCAAGUAGUCGGUGAGUAGGAAGAUUCUCUAUAAUUUGCGAUGCAUAUUUUUGUCUGUACAACCGGAAGCAUACUUGCCAACAUUUUAAACACUUACAUUUAAGGAAUGUUAGAGGGGGUGUGGCCAGGGGCGGGGGUAUUCUGAGAAAUUUUAGGUGACUUACUAAUAAUUUAUGCAACUAGAAUGUAAUUUAGAAGAAGGACAACGUAUCUUAUUUACACAGACUGAUUUCGAAACACGUAUUGUAGUUUAAAGACACAUUACUGGGAGUAUUAUUGCUGUGGAGCUCUGUGAUACACUCAGACACAUUACUGGGAGUAUUAUUGCUGUGGAGCUCUGUGAUACAGUACGUUAGAUGUGUACACAUUGUACACUUUGAAAUAGUCCGUUAAUCAAAAAAUAUUAAAUAUAAAAUAAAGAAAAAAAAUAAUUUAAAUGAAAUAGAAAAUAAAACAGCCUCUUUCAAUUUAAGUGAAACACCGUUAUGCGAUGGGUGACAGAGUGAUAUGUUUACACGCCAAGCUGACAUACGUACAUUGCCAGCCACACAGUCAUAUAGAGAGCUCUGCCAAUAGUCUGCCAUGCUGCAUCGGUAGGUGUGCAUUCUUACGCACUCUUAUGAUGGGCUCAAGUUGCGCUUCUACGUUUAACAAAAUUUAGGAAUAAUUAGUCUGAAUGUUGUGUUAAAAUACCAGCGUUUAUUUGUCAGUCAUUUUAUUUCUAUAUUCUUUCACCGACUGACAUUAAGUCGCCUUUGCCUUCUGACACUGCUACCCCUCGUUUCAGUAUGUCAUGGCGGCAUUAAAUUUCCCCAACCAUGACUUCAUUUCUCCAUACUUCACCUUUAAUGCUAUCACCCUAUCCUUUUCACUUUAAAGUCCAUGCUGUAUGAACGUUUAAGGUGAAAGGAAAAAGUGUGUAGAAAUACAUUUUAAUAAACAUAAUUCUAUGUGUGACUCCCACAGUUCUUCUGUUUUGGCAUUCCUUUUCUGAUCCUUUCUGAUUUCGACAUCAAUGAUGGUAACUCUACCUGGUCAAGCAGUAAACUAACUCUCUGACUCACAAAUCAUGUAAUGCACAAGGACCUCGUCUUCUGUAAUCUGGGCUCAGUCUCUGCUGUAUUCGGGACAUUUUCCCCACUCUAUUAUUACCAUCUGCUGGCUUCCCAUAGUACAAUUUGUGAGGAAGGCUGAACUUGAUGGACGCAAGUCUCCUUUCAGCUAUGUAACUAUGUAACUAUGUAAUAUUCUUCUUUUAAUUAAUAUUAAAUAGAUACUCUAAGCACAAAAACAACUUUUGCUUAAUGACGCGGUAUUGGUUUACAAACCAUGUCCCUGCAGUCUCACUGCUCAAUUAUCUGCCAUUUUGGAGUGAAAUCAGUUUGUUUAUGCACCCUUCCCUGGCUUUUCAAGAGUCUCCCUUUAAUAUAACAGUGAUUUUAUCUCAGCCUAAGAGAAACCUUUGCUGUAUUGCAGUGCAAUAAUUCUCUAUGAGUCGCAAACUCCCCAUUCUGCCAUCCCUAUCUACACAAGUAAAUUAAAAAUAUCCAUUAAUAACUCCUUCUUUCAAAUGCAAAGAGAACGUAGGGCCAGUUACUCACGCUAUCAGCACUCCAAAUCUUGCCACAAAGUAACCUCCAAGUGUUUUGCUAAAUACACAUCGGAAACCUCACAGUAAAUCCUGCCUUAUAACUCCAGCACUCCUGUAGUUCAGACCUCUUCUGUGCCAAGCAAAACAAUUAACUUUCAGUAUUGAUUAAUCAGCAAUCCAUCUUGCCAAACGCUGGCCAGCCUGUCCCAGGCUUUUGUCAGUCUUCCUCAUGGUGAUUCUACCGGGAAAGGCUUGGCAUGGUAUCAUAUUGUGUUUUAUCAACCUAAUUGAGGCCUCAAUUUAAUAUUGCUGGCUAAGCUUUCAAAAUGUUUUAACAUGUUUGUUUAGAUUUUUAAAAAAAUUUAAUAUUAUGAAAAUUUUUAACAUUUGCUAAUAUUUAGAUUUUUUUUAUCUAUAGAUACAUAUUUCUUUAUAUAUGAUAGAUUACAUUUUUUUUUAAUAUGUUAAAAAAAACUAAUGUGAAAAAUGUAUCCAAAAAUAUGAAAUAAUGCAACAAGGUUAAACUGAGGCCUAACCGUGUAAGAAAAAAACAUGUGACUGCAUGAUUGCUAAAUAAUUAAACAUGGGGUACCUGUUCAACUCUAGUUAUAACAGUUUAACAAUGUAGCUGUACGGCUAUGUUAAGUAAUGAAAAUUGGAAUUCUUUCAAUUACAUGAAAUAUCGAGGAAGUGGGAUUGUGGAAGGGUGGUUGUGGCUGUGCGAGUGUGGUGGUGGCUGUGGGAGGGUGGUGAUGAUUGUGGAAGGGUGGUGGUGGCGGCUGUGGGAGGGUGAUGAUGGUUGUUGAAGGGUGGUGGUGGCUGUGGGAGGGUGGUGAUGGUUGUGGAAGGGUGCUGGUGGCUGUGGGAGGGUGGUGAUGGUUGUGGAAGGGUGGUGGUGGCUGUGGGAUGGUGGUGGUGGCUGUAGGAGGGUGGUGAUGGUUGUGGAAGGGUGGUUUUGGCGGCUGUGGGAGGGUGGUGAUGGUUGUGGAAGGGUGGUGAUGGCUGUGGAAGGGUGGUGAUGGCUGUGGGAGGGUGGUGAUGGUUGUGGAAGGGUGGUGGUGGCUGUAGGAGGGUGGUGGUGGCUGCAUGGUGUCAUGAGAGGGUAGUAUUAGUAUUUGCCUUUUCAGAUUGUGCACGGUUGGAUUACCAUGAACGUUUAUUUCUUCUCUGUCCCAUCUUGCUUUCUUCUUCCAGUUGGUAUCUCCAUUCCGACUCCUCAAUGUGAUCUCAGCCAAGUGAACAUUUCUGGGGGAAGCUAUGUCGUGAUAACUGAAGAAAACAGUAUCAAAUACACGUGUCCUAAAGGAAUGUACCCUGACCCAAUGCCUAUCCGCAAGUGUCAAUUUGAUGGGCACUGGACUAAAGAAAACAUACCAGCCGUUUGCAAAGGUAACUUCUCCCCUUUGUGUCACUGCAUGUCUGUAGGGCUGUAAUUUCACUGGAGAAUGUGCACCCCCCCCCCUUGUCUGUCACUGUAACCCUGAAACUUGGAGAGAGACACAUAAAGGGUGGGUUGGAGAGGAGCACACAUAAGGACACACUGUGGCCUUCGUCAGCUUGCUCAGUAGUUUUGUUCAUAUCAAGUAAUGAGUAAAACCGCUCUGGGAUAUGCUCAGUGGCACGGUAGCUAAUAUUGGCUGAUAUGAUUUAGCCACUUCCUGCUUUGGUUAGCACUUACUAAAACAAGUGUGUUUUUAUUUAUUAUUUGCAAGGUUUUUAAUCAUUACAAAAUUACAACAUAUAAUGACAAAAAUAUAAAAAAUAUUUUGUAUAUUUUCCUUUAUAUAUUCAAUACUUAUAAUUAUUAAUGGGUGAGAGGGGACAUGACUCCUAAGCUUUGCGAAGGACACCUAAAAGCCUAAAACUGAACUUGCUGUAAUGUCACUGUGGAUCAAUAUCACUGCUCUGUCACUGUAUAUCUAUAACACUAAUCUCACUACAGGGGUUUUCUGCUUAAACUUUGAAAAUCCUUUUCUUACCUGAGUCCACGUCUCCUGUUAAUCCUUCAUGCCUCAUGUCUAGCUGUUCGCUGUCCCCGUCCAAAAAUAUUAGAGAAUGGAGACUAUUUCCCUUCUAAAUCUGAAUACUACGUGGGAGAUGUCAUGAAUUUUGAGUGCUACGGCGGGUUUGAAUUGAGAGGCCCAGAGAAUCGUACAUGUCAACAAAAUGGAAAAUGGAGUGGAAGGACAACAGUAUGUGAGGAUUAUGGUAAGACCAAAAGAAAUACAAACAAACGGUUUAUAUGUAUACCAUCUGAUCCCAUUAUAUAUAUUUUGGUGCCGUACAAAUAAAACACUACUAAUUGGUUGCAUUGAUUUUAGUAGAUAUAAACCUUAAAUAGAGACCUUACAAGGACUCUAAGAGGUAAACUUAAAGCUAAAGAAAAUAUGGGUUCGGUGGUAUCAAUGAAGAAAACACAAGAUUAGGUUAUAUAAAUAAACGUAACUUCAAACUAUAUGGUAACCAUAACGUUACAUGGAGCUAGAUGGUAACCAGAAAGACAAAACAAGGGAAGGUGAAAACCAUGAAAACAAAGCUUAUGCUAGGCAGAGACCAUAAAUACAAAGUAGUCAAACAUAAAGAUAACGUGUGGCUGAGUUUUUAAACAAUUAAUACAAACUGGGAAACCAUAAAGACAAAUAAGGCUAGGUGGGUAAAGAUAAAGAUAUCACUGGGGUAGGUAGGGACCAUAAAGAUAGCAUAGGGCUAGGUGGGUAGAGAUAGAAUUAGCAUGGUAAAGGUGAAAAUGGCAAAGAUAAAGGUAACGUGGGGGUAGCUGGAGACCUUAACAAUAACAGGGAGCUUGGUGGUAGAGAUAAUGGUAACAUGAGGCUAGGUGGGUAGAGAUAAAAGCAACAUGAGGGGUAGGCAAAGACAAUUAAUGAAUCUGGGUUUUUUUUUUGGGUAGAGAUAAAGUUUACAUGGGGGCUAGGUGGGUAGAGAUAAAGUAACAUGAGGCUAGGUGGGUAGCAAUAAAGUAACAUGGGGCUAGGUGGGUAGAGAUAAAGUAACAUGGGGCUAGGUGGGUAGUGAUAAAUGUAACAUGGGGCUAGGUGGGUAGAGAUAAAGUUACAUGGAGCUAUGUGGGUAGAGAUAAAGGUAACAUGGGGCUAUGGGAGUAGAGAUAAAGGUAACAUGGGGCUAUGGGAGUAGAGAUAAAGUAACAUGGUGGCUCGGUGGGUAGAGAUAAAGUUACAUGGAGCUAGGUGGGUAGAGAUAAAGGAAACAUGGGGCUAUGGGAGUAGAGAUAAAGUAACAUGGUGGCUAGGUGGGUAGAGAUAAAUGUAACAUGGGGCUAUGUGGGUAGAGAUAAAGGUAACAUGGGGCUAUUGGAGUAGAGAUAAAGGUAACAUGGGGCUAUGGGAGUAGAGAUAAAGUAACAUGGUGGCUAGGUGGGUAGAGAUAAAGUUACAUGGAGCUAGGUGGAUAGAGAUAAAGGAAACAUGGGGCUAUGGGAGUAGAGAUAAAGUAACAUGGUGGCUAGGUGGGUAGAGAUAAAUGUAACAUGGCGAAUAGGUUGUAACAUGAAGCUAGAUGGUAACUAACCAUGAAGAUGCAUCUCACCCUUUUAAUUUCCUUUCUCUCUCCUUCUCUACACAGGAGGCUUCUGUCCUAACCCUGGGAUCCCAAUAGGCACCACCAAAACUGGAAUUUCAUAUAAUGUAUUUAAUAAAGUAACUUACGAAUGCGAGAAAGGACUUAAAAUGUUCGGAUCAAGUGAAAGAAUAUGCAUGGAGGACAAGUAUUGGUCUGGUGCUGAACCUUCGUGCAGGGGUAGGAUAAAUACAGCUAUUGUUUAAUUGUAGAGAGGUCAAAUGAUCUAUGGGUCAUAUUGACAAAGGAAACCAAAGCCAGUAGAGUCAUGUUUCAAUGUCCAAAAGUAGACUGUCUCCAGAAUGCAGUGUGAAGAAGGUGCAGGGCAUCAAAGUGCAUGCUCACAUUAUACUGUAAAGAAUCAAGAUAAUUUUUUAAGUAACUUCAUGAAAGUUACCAUCAAAGUGCCGAAGGCCUAAUUGUGGAACAAAAUAUUCAAAUUAAUAUUUUAUGAAAAAUGAUGAAAACAUUAUAAUUUUAUUAAUAUUAAAACUAUUAGCAUUUAUAAGUAUGUAUAUUAAUAUGACAAUACCAAUUAUUAUAGGACCACAAAUAUAUCUAAGUAUAUAUGUGUGAUAAAUGUGUUCUAUAACUACAUGUAUUGAUAUUAUUUAUAUAAUAGUAAAACAUGUAUUUAUAUUUGGUGUAUUUUAUAUAUAUAUAUCUAAAAAAACAAAACUAUCUAAACCUAUUAUGCUAUAAAGAUGAUAUCAAGAUCAAUAUAAUGAUUAUACUUUGCAUUAAAGAUAUACUUUAAAAUGUAUAUCCUUGUAACUUAAAUUCAGUCAAACUAUCUCGUACCCUCCACUCUCUCUUAUGUUUCUGAUAAGAGGUCUAGCUAUUCACCAUGAGAUAGAAGUCUAUUGUUUGAGUGCAGAAUUCCUAGUUUUUUACAACUCAGCAGAAUCAACUAACUCUAUUUGUUUCACAUCUUGGCUAAAGUGGUUUGAGAAUGUAAUUAGAUCAUUAUCUAAUUAGGACUAGCUUUUGAGUGUUAAUAAACAACUUGCUAUCUCCUCAAUGUCAGAAAAACAUUGUCCACUAUUUGAUUUAAAACAGCUACAACAAUGUUUGUGAUAAUACAAUAUUAUUAAUGAAUGAUAUGAAUAAUAGUGUAAACCAUAUGCAACAGUCCAAUGCCAAUUUAUCAAGUUAAAAAUUCACUCACACCUUUCAGAGCCAAAAGAUGGAUGGUCAUGAUCCUUAUAUGUGGUGAGGAUUCUUCUCACUACCUCAUAUGUCUCCUUACUUCAAAUCCUGAAAGAUGGGUAAAGAGGAACAACUAUAGUGCAAUACUUUACUGCAAACUGAUUAAAGAAAUCCAUUAGGAAUUACUCAGCUCGUCAGUCAAGUGUUAUAAAAAAAAGGAGAAACACUCCUAAAGACGUAUGUGAGCUUCUUGAAGAAUAAUUUUGCACAUUUAGUUGCACUUUAUAUCAUACCUUUAUUUUGCACUUUUUACUAAGAUCCAGUUUUACACAAUUCCCUAUAAAUUUUAUAUAGAAAAUGAAAUGAAAGAUGCAAUUUUGAUUGUUUUAAAUGUCGAUCUUCUCGGACACUCCAACUUCUUUCAAUUGAAUUAGACACAAAUUUUCAAAAUAAAUGUAAUAGUUUUCUUUGGUUGAACGUAUUCACACACAUUUUCUGUGAUUGCAUUUUGAUUUUGAGUCUGUCCAGUGUUCCAGAAUGUUGGUUUCUGUCCUACACUUAGCCCUUCCAAAAAAAAGAGUAUGCACCUCUUCAGUACGAGUCACCCUUAUAGCAGCUUUAUUAACUCAGAAGUAGUUUCUCCAUGUCUCCCACCUGUGGAUAGUACUAGUGGUCUGGUCACUGCUUUCACAUUCUUAUUGAAAAUAUUAACAUAUUCUUAGUUAAGCCUGUAUCAUGUGCAGGUGGCCUGGUCAUGGGUAACCUUGACCACUGCUCUGUGGAAGGGAAUUCAUACACAUCAGUUGACUGAGUUUCCAUGAUACGGUGAAUUGAGGACUCCAUUGACCUGGUUUCUAGAGGACAGAACUUUCUGCAGAACCUUCCAAUACUUUCAAAUAUACAAAGAAUAGCUUGGGGUACUCUCAACCCACCAUACAUCUUUCAUUUUUACAACUCACUGACCACGUGAUGGAGGAAGGGGCAGGAAAUAUCUAUGGAUGAAUACCUGUAUUAACAGAACUCCAAUCACAGAUCCCUUCCUUGUUCAAGAGUCCGAGGACGACAGACCCCCCACAGUUAAUUGAUGAACCUAGCAAUGUCUAUUCCUUUGGUUUGAACACAAUACCUAUUUUUAUUUGUCACUGAGUUGGUUACUGAUCCACUCAGGUUAUCAAUGGCCAGUGACAGUUUCAGUUUAGGGACUUACAAAACUGUGUACAGAGGCUUAGUGGUUAUUUCAUAAUUUCAACUGUGCACCACCAGUAGGCCCUUGAGAACCCCAGCUUGAUACAAACCAAAAAUGUGUACAAGAAACAAAAAACUAUGACUAGAACAAGAAUGUAAAACAAAAUAAAAUACACAUGAUAGACAAUCAUUAAAUAUAUAUAUAUAUUUUUUAAAAUAGAGAAUACAAGCCUCCUGUUACAACAUCCAAUUCCUCAACACUCUAUAGUCACUGUAUACCUUGAAAACGAACUCUUUCUUGUUUUCAAACCACCACUCAUAAAAUUAGAAUUCUGAAGUUUAACUUUCACCUGUCUGUAUACUGUCCAUCCACAGAGUGGUACACGUACGAUACACCAGAAGAAGUGGCUGAGAUGUUUUCGUCCUCCUUCUCUGCAAAUAUCGAAUCUGCAAACCGGGAUAAGUUAGGUGAAGGUACGAAAAGUCUUCUUUUAAUCUAUAUUGCUGAACUAUGUCUGAUAAACUGGAAUGCUAGAACUGAUUUUUAAAAAAAAGAAAUACAUUUAAAGUGUUUGUCAUGUUGUGUACUUUUAGCAUGGUAAAAUGAUGUAUCAAACUUUUGGCUACAUGUUUUAUUUAAUUCCAAAAAAAAGCAGUGCCAAGUUUUUAUUGUUUUAAUGUACUCACUAUUUCACUUUUAUAAUUUUUGGUCAUCAGAGUUCAUUACUUAAUGGACAGCAGCUGUCACUCAAGAAUAAAGCUAUAAAAAGGACGGUUUAAACACAAGAAGUGAAUUCAUAUAUUAACUGAGCUUUACUGAGCCUUCAGAGAUAUGGGCUAUGAAGAAGUAGUAUUCAACUUGGGGAUUAAUUCAGAUAUGGAUCAGAUAAAAAACACAGUAUGUAACACUCCAUCAUUCCCAUAAAGAACACAAUGUAAAGAUACAUAUACAUACAUAAAUAACAGGGCGCCACGGUCACUAGAAUUAACAACUUCGCAUGGAAUAUCUCAAAAGAUGGAAAGAGAGAACAAAAAAAGAUAAUUAGUAAAAAUAAUAUACAAUUUAUUGAAAGUAAAAAAAUAAUAAUAAUAAAUAAAUAUAUAUAUAUGUAUAUAUGGGUAAUGGCACAAAACACAAAUGUGUAUUAUUCACAAUAUGAAGCCUGAAUAGGCUUAAACACCUUAUGGCUAGCAGCUUUCUUUUAGCAGCACAAACUUAAUAAUACACAAAAACAAAGUGCAAGGGCUAACGUGCCAGUUGAUUCAAGUAAAGGGUAGUAUAACGUGCUUUAAUAGCUGCUUAGAUGGCAGCUGACACCACCGUUCCCUUCAGAGCACACAGUUCAUAGCACAGGAUUAAAGUGCAGAAAUAGUUCAAAGGUGCUUCAAAAUUCAGGGUUGUCUCAGCAGGGCCCAACGCGUUUCGUCGAUCCGACUUCCUGAGGAACUUCUAUCUUCUUUCCCGGUCUUCUUCCUUUUAAAUCCGCAGGUGAACGUGCCUUUUAAAUCAGGUGAACGUGUAUGCUUGAACCACGCCAGGCAUAACGUCAUAAAUCAUGAUGCACGGACGGUUGCUUUGCGCAUGCGCAACAAUCUAAGCUGGGACGCAAGCUAACUUUAUUGACAAUUUACACAGCUGCAUCUCUGAACUUACGAACUUUGAAAAGUUCAGAAUCUUUGCAUUUGUGUUCACGUUCAUGCCUAUAUUUGAUCUUAUUACUGACAGAGAGAAUACUAGCACGGAGAAAAAUGUAUAUAAAUUGGUCCUGAUGUUAAAAAGGAAAUAAAUUAUGAAAAUAAAAAUCCAUAUAUAUGAAUAAAGUAUGUAUGCAGAAUAGUCAAUUUAUAUAUGUAUAUAAUAGGCAUAUAUUAAAACCUGAUUGUGUAGUAACAUGGAGUCAUUGGAAAAAGACAUCAGGAGCAUUUUAUGUAGAACAGGAAUUUUUGAAUUCGAUCAAAAAUAAAAAUCAUUAUAAAAUAAUAAUCAUGGUAAUUUCACAAAUGAGGGAUUGCAUAUUUAAAAAGAGACAGAGAGAAUACUAGCACGGAAUUCUUAAUCAUUAACAUAUAUCUUUAUAAAUUGAUGAUUUUCUUAUAAUGUUAAAAUGUAUCUUAUCGGAAAAUCCAACUCAAUGUUUAAAUCAAAUAAUAAAUAACAACAAAACAAAUCAGUCAAUCAGAGGUACCGGUAUAUAGUACCGUUCAAAAAUACAAAUUCACAAAAUGUAAGAGAUAUCUAAAAAUGCAUAAAGAACGCGAAAAAAUUAUAUAUAUAUAUAUAUAAAAUUUCAAAAAGUGCAUUUCUAAAAUUCCAUAAAAAACAUUAUAGGAAAUCACAUAUAAAAGAAGUUGGAAGGGGGGAGAAUAAAAGAUGGUGAGAUAAAAAAAGAGAAAAUUAAUGACAUGGCAUACAGUAGAGAAUUCAUUCUAUAAAAGCCAGUAUAUCUAAAUCUGUAUUAAAACCCGAAGGUACAGAGGAUUUUAAUCAAUAAAUCCACUCUGUCUCCAUCACGGUCAGCAUUUUUUCUGUAUCACCACCUCUCCAAUCACAGGUGAUGAUGUCUAUUCCCACAAAUAUAAAGUUGUGGAAAUUAAAAACUUUACAAGUGGUGCAGUGUCUAGCAACGCUAUGUUUUAAAUUCCAUUUAUUAAUACCAUUAAAAUGCUUUUAAAAUCCUUACUUGUAAUUUUCUAAUGGUGCGUCCAACAUAUUGGAAAUAUGUAAUAAACCCCAUAUUUGCUUUGACAAUUAAUAAAAUUCUGUCGUUUUAUUUGCUGGACACUUGCAUGUACUGCAUCCCACACAUCUAAAAAAAAAUCCUUAAUUUCCGUGUUUGCAUACUAUACUGUUUUCUUAUUUAUCAUCAUUUAUUUCUUAUUUCUUAUUUUUCUUAUUUAUCAUAAUUUUUUAUCCAUUCCUCCCCAUACAUUUUUUAAAAUGUCUAUUUAUUUAUUUUAUUCCCAGAGAUCUGAUUCACCCUUUUUGUUCUGUUAACUUACUCUAGAGAUUUGUUUAUUAAUAUUGUUUUUUAAUCCCGAUCCAUAGACUUUGUCUUAUGUUCUUUUUUAUGUAUAAUUUUUCAAAUUGAAACAUAAUUGGCGAUUAAUGAUACAUCACACUGAAAAAAAAGCUGAAUAAUAGAGAAAAGAGAAAAAAAAUAAAAGGAAAAGAAAAAGGAAAAAGAAGGAAAAAAGCAAAAGGGGAAGAGGAAAAAUAUAAAACAACUUGUUGAUUCGAAUACAUUUUAUUGAUGUUCUACUGAAUAUUGUAUACAAAUAUUUCAUGUCUUGUACACGUCUCUUAUUACAAUAAAAUUCUAUAAAAAAUUAUCAGGUAUAGAAUAGCUUAUAGCUGGAUUUUGUGAAAGAGUUUUAUUAUGCCAAAAUGAAAUCAUACAUUAAAUCACAAUUUGUAUGUGUAAGAUCAUAAUUUGUUAAUCUGGGUAAAUAACUGACAAUGAAACUGGACUAUUCCACUUGUGUAUGUUCUCUCAUAUAUCUCUCCUAGUUUAUAAUGCUCUUUCUUUUCUACCAGAUUUCACACCAAGAAAAAUACACAUAAAGAAAGGGGACCCCAUGAACAUAUUUAUACUUAUGGAUGCAUCGAAAAGUGUUGGAGAAACAAAUUUUGAGAUAGCAAAAGAAAGUAGUAAAAUAUUCAUUGAGAAGGUAAAAUACAGCGAUGGACUGAGAGGGGGAAAUAUUUUAGGGCUGAAUAAUUUAUCCCAUAAUGUUUUUUUUUUUAUUCUUUAUCUGUGGCACCCCAUAUAUACAGAAUAGGGGGUGCUUCAGCAAUAGUCAACUCAUUUGACAGCUUCAAUCAAAGCUUCAAUCAGAGCGAGUGAUCUAUAUAAUAUUUUACAUACGGCACAUUAUCUGUCACUGGCAUGCUAUCCAAUACAAAAAUAAUUUAACAUAGAUAUAGCGAGUUUGUGGGUGUCAUUGGUUUCGACUUCUCUUUCUCUGACAUAGUGCAUUCACUGCCAGGGGAAACCAGCCUGCCACAUGUGAUAAUAAAUAUUACUGGUUUUUAAAAUGACUCCCUAGGCAAACUGAAGUCAGCAUGGCUAUUUACAUUGCUUAGUCAAUCAAGGAGUAUAUAUUAAGUGUUUUAUAUGAGUAAUAAAGCGGACGGUUAUAUAUGUGCAGUGGAAUAAAGAUAUAUAUAUAUAUAUAUGUAAUGUAGUGGUGGGUUAUAUAUGUGCAGAAGAAUGGAGGGUAAAAUAGGUAUAACAAGAUGGAGGUUAUAUAUUGUACAGUGCUGCGGAAUCUGAUGGCGUUAUAUAAAUAAUAAUAAAAAAUAAUAAUACUAAUAUAUGUGUAGUAGAAUGGAGGCUUGAUCCCAUGUAGCUGACUGGAGGGUAAGUGGACAUCUUGUAUGUAAAUGAACUGUACAAAUAUAUUUCUGAAGGUUUCUUCUUUUGAUAUCGAACCCCGAUACGCAAUCGUUUCCUUUGCUUCCCUGGCAAUCAGUAUUGUGCGUCUGUCCGAUGAAGAGAGUCUGGAGGCAGACGCGGUGAUAGAAAAACUGACUGAUUUCACCUAUGAAGGUUAGUGCCAUAAGAUAUAACUAGUAACAUGUAACGAACGGUAUAGUGUAUCGUGUUACCCCUAUGAUAGACAGCUAUACGAUACAGUGUCAUGUGUUGCAUUUUAAGCGUUAGUUUAUUUUCCACUUACAGACAACAAUAGAAAAUAUCUGGAUAGUGGAGAUAGAUAGGAAGUGAUAGCAGGAUUGAAGAUUUUAGGUGUUUUAUAACCUUUAUAAGGCAGUAUAGCGUGGCUACUGGAUUCAGGAUUUGAAACCUAUGUGUCAAAGCAAAAGAACAAUGUGAUUGGCUGGAACAACCCAGCCAAUCAUAUUAUGCUUACAGCUAUGACGCACUGACAUACGUUCUUCGUGUUACACCUGCAGAUGGUUUUUAUGCGUUCACGUUUAUAUCGUAAUAAUUUGCAUUAGACGUUUGACCAUUUGUAAUCUUAAUUUACAAUCUAAAAGAUAUGAAUCCCAAGAUUCAAACAGCAUGUUUCUGUGUUUGUUAUCUCUCUCCAUCUGCCCGGUCCUUUGACAUUAUUUUAUUUUAGCUUUUCUACCCAUAAUUUUUAAACAGAUUUUGGUGUCAAAUAUUCGAGAGGGGCAGAGACUCAGAAUGACUCGGUUGGAACUAGACACCUCAUAGAGCCCGACAGCCACAAUGUGGUCUCCUUAAUAUUAGCCAAAACAUUAAUUUUGCCCUGGGCCUACAUUGUAAGCUGCGGAGAGUGGGGCAUCUUGCCCUGUUCAGUGUGAAUGGUAGAUUUCUAGACCCCAAUGUAUUCACUCUCAGCCUAUUCAGCUUUCCAUGCCCAUAAAGACAUUACACGUUGGAGUAUCAAUUUAAUGAUGAAAUAAGAAAGUGAUAACACAAUGAAUUCACAACUAUUUAAUAUAUUUGUAUACACUUUUAAAAUAUGGUAAUAUUUUAAAAAUAUUUGAUAUCUUUUUUAUAAAUAGAUAUUUUUAUAUAACAAAAAAUAAAUACAUUUUAAAAAUUUAUCCAAAAAUAGUAGAUAUUUGAAAUUUGAUAAAAAGUAAUUUACAUACAAAAUAAUAUUGACAGAGACAAGAGGUAAAGAACAAUCUAGUAAAGGGAGUACAAUUGCAGAGAUUGGAGACAUGGGACUACUAGGUGUUGUUGCAGAACAAGAUUUCCAUCUGAUCUCCUCUCAUUCUCCAAGAACAUGAAGAUAAACGUGGAACAAACACGCGAGCUGCUCUUUAUGCUGUGAAUGAGAUGCUGUCUUUGCAGCACCUGAGAGACAAGGAAAACUUCCUGAACAUUCGAAAUGUCAUUCUGCUCAUGACUGAUGGUAAGAGCAUUCACACUGUGCAAUAAUUACUCACUGCCCACAAUUAUCAUUCGCUUCUUCCUCCGCUACAGAGUGAUAGACUCUACCUUUCAUUUCUUUACUGAAUGAUAGCCUCCAUGAUACUUCUCUAGGGAAUGAUAGCUUCCAUCUCUUGUUCAUCUGAAUGAUAGCUUCCAUCAUACUUCUCUACUGAAUGAUACCCACCAUCUCUUGUUCCUCCGAAUAAUAGCCUCCAUCAUAUUUCUCUAGGGAAUGAUAGCCUCCAUCUCUUGUUCCUCUGAAUGAUAGCUUCCAUCUCUUGUUCCUCUGAAUGAGAGCCUCCAUCAUACUUCUCUAGUGAAUGAUAGCCUCCAUCAUACUUCUCUAUUGAAUGAUAGCCUCCAUCUCUUGUUCCUUUGAAUGAAAGCCUCCAUCACACUUCUCUAGUGAAUGAUAGCCUCCAUCUCUUGUUCCUCUGAAUGAUAGCCUCCAUCAUACUUCUCUAGUGAAUGAUACCCACCAUCUCUUGUUCCUCUGAAUAAUAGCCUCCAUCAUAUUUCUCUAGUGAAUGAUAGCCUCCAUCUCUUGUUCCUCUGAAUGAUAGCCUCCAUCAUACUUCUCUAGUGAAUGAUAGCCUCCAUCUCUUGUUCCUCUGAAAGCCUCCAUCACACUUCUCUAGUGAAUGAUAGCCUCCAUCUCUUGUUCCUCUGAAUGAUAGCCUCCAUCAUACUUCUCUACUGAAUGAUAGCCUCCAUCUCUUGUUCCUCUGAAUGAUAGCCUCCAUCAUACUUCUCUACUGAAUGAUAGCCUCCAUCUCUUGUUCCUCUGAAUGAUAGCCUCCAUCAUACUUCUCUAGUGAAUGAUACCCACCAUCUCUUGGUCCUCCGAAUAAUAGCCUCCAUCAUACUUCUCUAGUAAAUUAUAGCCUCCAUCUCUUGUUCCUCUGAAUGAUAGACUCCAUCAUACUUCUCUAGUGAAUGAUAGCCUCCAUCUCUUGUUCAUCUGAAUGACAGCCUCCAUCAUACUUCUCUACUGAAUGAUAGCCUCCAUCUCUUGUUCCUCUGAAUGACAGGCCUCCAUCACACUUCUCUACUGAAUGAUAGCCUCCAUCUCUUGUUCCUCUGAAUGAUAGCUUCCAUCAUACUUCUCUACUGAAUGAUACCCACCAUCUCUUGUUCCUCCGAAUAAUAGCCUCCAUCAUACAUCUCUAGGGAAUGAUACCCUCCAUCUCUUGUUCCUCUGAAUGAGAGCCUCCAUCAUACUUCUCUAGUGAAUGAUAGCCUCCAUCUCUUGUUCCUCUGAAUGAAAGCCUCCAUCACACUUCUCUAGUGAAUGAUAGCCUCCAUCUCUUGUUCCUCUGAAUGAUAGCCUCCAUCAUACUUCUCUACUGAAUGAUAGCCUCCAUCUCUUGUUCCUCUGAAUGAUAGCCUCCAUCAUACUUCUCUACUGAAUGAUAGCCUCCAUCUCUUGUUCCUCUGAAUGAUAGCCUCCAUCAUACUUCUCUAGUGAAUGAUACCCACCAUCUCUUGUUCCUCCGAAUAAUAGCCUCCAUCAUAUUUCUCUAGUGAAUGAUAGCCUCCAUCUCUUGUUCCUCUGAAUGAUAGCCUCCAUCAUACUUCUCUAGUGAAUGAUAGCCUCCAUCUCUUGUUCCUCUGAAUGAUAGCCUCCAUCAUACUUCUAUAGUGAAUGAUAGCCUCCACCUUUUAUUCUUCCAUAGAAUGGAGGUUCCACCUUUUACUAUACAAUCUAUUACUCUACUGACUGAUAUAAUUAAACUCUUACUCCUCAGCUGACUGGAAGCAUCCACCUCUUAUACAUCUGAAUGAUAGCCUCCACCUCUUAUUCCCCCAUAGAAUAGAGCUUCCACCUUUUACUUCACAGAGUAAUAACCUCAAACUCUUACUCCUCUACUGACUGACAGCGUCCAUCUCUUACUCCUUUACUGACUGAUAGCCUCCACCUCUUAGUCCUCUACUGACUAACGGCCCCCACCUUUUACUCCUUUACUGUCUGAUAGCCCCCACCUUUUACUCUUUUACUGUCUGAUAGCCCCCACCUCUUCUGAGUUACAAUAUACAUAUCUCACUCCUCAGAGUGCCUCCUCCUCUUACAAUAUGUUGUCUACAUCACUGUUUGUCUUUCUAGGAAAGUACAAUAUGGGUGGAGAUCCAAAGGUAGAAAUAGACAGCAUCAGACAUUUUCUGGAUAUCGGAAUGAAAGACAAUAUACGAGAGGAUUUCCUAGGUAAAAAAAACUAUUUUGUACCAGAAAUACAAUAUGUAAUAAUAUAGCACAGCAACAGCAUAUACACUAAAUUAACUUGACCUAUUACCUAUUAACUAUACCUUGUAUCCCACAGACACUGUGUAUAUUAUAUAAACUAUAUCAAGUAAAAUCCAAUACUAUAGCCACACUGUGUACAUCACAUAAGCUAUAUCACGUACAAUUCAUUAGUACAGAAACACUGUGUAUGUUAUAUAAACUAUAUCAUGUACAAUCCAAUAUAUUAUAAAAACUAUACCACGUACAAUCCUGUAGCAUAAACCGCACUCUGUAUAUAAUUCAAACUACACCACUUAGAAUUCAAUAUAUUUAAUAAAGUGUACAACAAAUAAUUAACUACCACAACCACACUGUGUAUAGUACUAUGUCACAUACAAUCCAAUAACAUAGUCACAUUAUACAUAUUAUGUAAAGUGCUGUGUACCAGUUGGCAACAUCAGUAGUGUAACAUGGAAUGUACCCGUAAAACGCAGUGGAGUAAUGUGUGUAUUUGGUGAGUGUUACAGUAUAGAUUAAUCCAUGUCAUGUUUACAGAUGUGUAUGUUUUUGGCCUUGGAGACGAUGUCAGUCAAACUGAGCUUAAUAAUCUUGCGUCAAAGAAACCUCACGAACAGCAUGUCUUCCAUCUGGAAGAUGUAAGCAGCAUGAAAAAGGCUUUCGACCAUAUGUUAGGUACGAACUGUGUCACGCGUUUUCCCCCUCUGUAUGCCCCCUGCUAUCACUCGUUAUUGUUCUACAGACACAUUUUUUUUCUGAUGAUUCCAGUGUGAGGUUUCAUUAUGUUACUAUCUUUUAUAUGAUUAUUAUUAUUAUUAUUAUUUUUUUUUUAUAUCCGUGACCUUUACCCUUUAAAAUAUUGUUGACUCAUUUAAGGGAACGCAUGGUAAUUAAUGGGGGUACUACCUAUAUUCAUGGGCAGAUUUGUCAGAGAAAAAAGAUCAUAAAUCAUGAGACUAGAUUCCCUAAGUUUGACCUCGAUUUUAUAUUUUGGAUAAACUUUUUAAAUGAUUUCAUAUUUUUAGAUAAACGCUUAAAAUAUAUAUUUUUUCAAAAUUUUUAAAAUAAAAUAUUUUUCAAAAUAUUUGAUAAUUUUAUGAUGUUAUAUUUAAUUUAACUAUUUACCCUUUGCUCAGUCUCUCCUAGCUUACAUUCACAUUCCUUAUUCACCCCAUGUUCCCAGUUAGUAUAUAGAGAUGUCGCGAACCGUCCGCGAACUUCUCGCGAACGGUUCGCCACGGUUCGCGGCGAACUCCGGUCAGCUGACACGUCUCGGCCAAUUUCCAGCAGACCCUCCCUCCCAGACCCUUCUACUUCCUGGACAGCAUCCAUGUUUCAACGGACGGUUCGCGACAUCUCUAUUAGUAUAUACUUUCCUUCCUCAAACAUUUCUAUAUUUUUACCCUACUAGAACCUCCACGUAUAUUAACUUAGUUUCCCCCCUAAAGCUCAGUAUUACCCGGAUUAUUCUCUGGUCCCCUUUAAGGUGGCAUUUUAAGAACACCCUGCAGUCUGUCACCUUACAAGCUCCAUCUUACACAUAAUACGCUGUCUCUCAUCACAAGCUCCUAUUUUAUACUCGUCCAUCCCGUCUCCAUCCAAUCACAUAUGUGACCUCACCAACACUCUCAUAGGAAAGCAUGGCUGUCACAAUACAGCCAAAGGUUUUAGAGCCUAUUUUCGAAUCUUCUGCCACUAACUGCGUUUCUUCCUUGCUCUCUCAGAUGAGACAGAAGCUAUGGACAUGUGUGGACUCAACAAAUAUCAUUCAAAUGAACCAACUGAGCUGUUUCCCUGGAUCACUAAGAUAAAAAUCACUGUAAGCAUGGCUGUCGGUACAUACUGUGAAACAGCACUAGGGAGUGUGAGGUCCAAAUCUAGAGCCCCCAAAUGUAAAGUAAUAGGAGGGGGCAGAGGGGGAGGGCAAAAUCCAUAGAUAAUGAGUUAUCUUGCUCACAGACAGAUAUUAUUGAACUCUCUUACCAAUAGACAGCCAUUACUGAGCUCUCUUACCAAUAGACAGCCAUUACUGAGCUCUCUCACUGACAUACAACCAUAACUGAACUUUCUUGCUGACAGACAGACAUUCUUAAGCUCUUUCAUUAACAGACAAACAUUAUUGAGCUUUCUUGCUGACAGACAGACAGACAUUACUAAGCUAUCUCACUCAUAGACAGUUAUACUUUGUAUCCUUUUAUCCUCAAUCCAGCGUCCAGGGGCACAAGAAAUUUGCAAAGGAUCCAUUUUGACAAAAAACUUUAUCCUGACGGCUGCGCACUGCUUUUACAUUGACGACAAACUAGCUUAUAUCAAAGUCCAACUGGGAGAUGGUAAGUGCUCGCUCUUUCUCAGCAUUUUGUGAGCCGACAUAUCAGUCUAUGAGGGAUGGGUACGUAUAUAAACUUUAAUAGUGUGAGAUAAUCAUUUGAUUUGUACUAAAUGUAUUAUAUUAUAAUUUACCCCUUAUAACAUACAAAAGUCCAGCACAGAAAUAUAUGAACAAAUGAGUAAUAUGGCACCACUAACACAACCUGUCUGAUCCAAUGGUAUUUUUCAUAAACCAGUCCAUUUUCUAAAAUAAUUUAAAGGUCUCAUUGCUUGGAAUAACAGCUAGCUCUCUAUGUCAGACUGUGGUAGGCUAGUCUUUGGUAAUGAUAUUGAUCAUGUGAUAUUAGUGAGCUAUAUUCCUCUAGAAUAAUAUUUGACUGGUCUCUCUGUGCGUUUUUCCAUUUCUUUCCUCUUUUUGUUCCUCGACAGGCCGAUUACUGAAUGUAAAAAACUUUUAUCGGCACCCCCUGUAUGACCCAGAUGCCAAGAAGGACAAAUAUAUUCCAAAGAACUUUGAUUAUGACAUAGCGAUUCUUGAGAUGGAAAAAAAGAUUUCAUAUUCAUCGAGUGUCAGGUGAGAGAAUGGUCAUGGUCAAAAUUAACAAAAUAUUCUUUAUGGAGAAGCGGCAUCUCACAGAAAACAGGGUGAUGGGAGAUAAUUGUAUGCGCUACACUUGUUUUAUAGUUUGUUGUGAUGAUGACUAAGGUGUUGUUGGAAAGUGAGCAACAAAUAGCAGAUUUAACCAGGUUCUCGGUAUACCUCCCCCCAAAAAAUCUGCCAACGUUUAUUCAAAAUCUAUUUUACAGAACAUAAAAGUCUGUCCCUGUCAUGUCAAAUUCUAUAUCCCGUACUACAAUGAAAUAGAAUACUUUAUAAUAAUAAAAAACUUUAUAAAAAUAUUAAUCAUAAUUUAUCAUUUAGAAUGUACGAAUAACCACUCAUUUAAAAAGAAAAUGCCACCAAGGUUGAAUGUACAUUUGCAAGUCAUGUACAUUUCUUAUCACUGACUUCCCUUUUAUCCAAGGGAACAUGCUCCACUCCCUGCUUAUUCAUGCUGCUUACAGCAUACCACUUCUGUAUGGACUUCCUUACUUCUCCAGGUUCCCACCUAACCCCAUCUUUUGUAAGCCAGUAUUUGAGGCGAACUGUGCAGGAGUAGGAGAGAUUUGAUUGAUUUAGGAGUAACAGCUUUACUACAGAGGGAUCCUUUCUGUCCCAAGGCACUAUUUUCUGUUUUCCUCGUUUUAGCCCAUAUUUCAUCCAUCUGCCCUCUAAUUCAAACCUUCUUGAUUUAGGUGUGCACCUUGCGAACCCCAUAUCUCAAUUGUCCUUCUGAAUAGCUGAAAUGUACAGUCUUUUCCUAAAGUAGCCCUUAGGAAUGUCCACAAGGUCUCUGCUGCUGUCUCACUAAACAUGGCAAGAGUCAAUAUGUUUGGGGUCCGUUUUAUGGGACAAUUUGGGGAGCCAAAACAUGCAUCAGUCUGAGUCUAUUGAAUUAGAUAAUUUUGUCCACAAAUGAAAAUUGUCUUUGUAAUCGUUAAUCUGGCAAUCAUUAACUCUGUCUUUCAGGCCUAUCUGUAUUCCCUGCACUAAAAGCUCAUCAUGGGCGCUAAGGAUGAAGGGAGAUACGACAAAAUGCAAAAACCACAGUGAGUCAUGGAGGAGACAGAAAUAGUGUGAUCAUUGUUAAAAUUUAGAAGAGUUGUUUUAGCACAGCAUGUAGAAGUCAGUGCAUGAUCUCAAAUGAAAAAUGGCUGCCUAGCAAUAGAGAGAGGAAGAAGAGAUAGACAGAAAGAUAACACACCUCUUCUCUAGCACCAGAGAGACCAUAGAGGAUAGACAUCCAAAUGUUACAAAGUAACAGUAAGUCCUCAAACACAUUCAGACUAGGCACUAGCGAUUAUUGCUAACAGCAUAUGGAAGAGAUGAGAGACACAGAAAGAGAACGGAUAGUUAAGAGAUUGCAUGAAACAGAUACAUGAAGGGAAAGUUAGAUAAUUAGUGGGACAAAAGAACGAAAUAAGAAGCUCAGCAGACAGACAGGGGUUUUAGUCAAGAUUAAAUAUUGUCAAAAUCACAAUAUUUUCAUCCACAGAGGACUUUUUAUUCAAAGAAGAGUUGGUCAAGGCGAUGUUUAUUGCAGAGGAAGACCCAAAACCCAUGGAGGCGAUGACUGUAACAAUCAAAUUAGGGAAUGCGGUAUGAAGUUAGUUAACACAAACCUAUGCUAAAUGUAGUUUUUUUACUUGUAUAAACCCGUAUCACUUCAUAUUUAGUGGGUUUUUACAUUUACUUUGUGGAACCAUUCCAGGCUCAUGGUGUCGGAGUAACCUUUUCUGACCCUGAAUUCUCCUCGUUUCAAUUACUCUGAGAGCAAAAAUCUGAUAUUCUUAUAAAGAUAUAUUAAUAAACCAAAUAACAAUAUAACCAAGUUCCCAUGAAACAUAGGCAGAGAUCAAGAUGUUGGAGGUCAUAAAUAAUAAGAGAAGUUCCCAACAUGACAUGGACGGUAGGUGUUCUUAUAUGUAGACGUUUAAUACUUUUCGUUUGUUCCUCUCGUUUAUCCUGAUAGUAUUUGAAAAUCAAUGUUCCCAUAGUUUACUAACUGAAGCAGAAUCCUGUGACUAGGGGAUUAAGGAAACAUUAAUGUACUGUUUUUUUUUCUUCCACCUUCCCUAAUCACACUAAUUAACAACCUAUUUAUAGAUCUCAUCCUCUUAUUCUUUGAACAUAUCUCCCAGUUUAAAUUGAUAGUAUUUAUGGUCCUCAUCCUAUCAAAUUGCCUGGUUCCCUCAUCUUUUCACUAUCUUUCCACAAUUGCACAGUUGGCCACAGUUCACUGUCCUCUACUAGCCCUCCAUACUUCAACCUUUUCCCCCUACAAAUGUACUUUGUCUUAUCCUGUAGCGAGAAUCCUGUCUCCAAGCUUCAGAAAGAAUCGAGAAAUUUCAAGAUAUAGCUGAUAUUCAUGAUAUGGUGACUGAUCAGUUCCUCUGUACAGGGGGGACAGAGCCAUAUGUGGAACCCCCAACAUGUAAAGGUAACGCCUUCUAUUUAUUGUAACCAAUCCUAUUCUUACUGAUCAAUUGUUAGCCACACUGUUAUACUUUUUCUUUCCUUUCAUUAAAUCUUCCUGUUAACCAUUUUCUACCUGCACCUUUCUUCUCCCCUUAUUCCAUUAGAUAACGCCGCUCUCCUAUUUUUAAAUACUUGAUACACAUUUAUCUCCAAGUACUAACACAAUGCUUUGUGCCCAUAUUAUACAGGAGAUUCGGGUGGUCCCCUCAUCAUUGAAUAUAAAAAUCGAUACAUUCAGGUAAGGUGAAGCAAGGCUUUAUGUAUAAUUGGUAUAGUUCUCUCUCUCUAGCUGCAGGAGAUAAUUCCUCCAUUAGAAUUUGGUAGAGGAAACAAACCAUCAGUAAUGGGGCAUAUUAUCUGACUUAGGUAACGGUAGUAAAAAGACAAUCCAGGUACUCUAAUGACUUCAAGUACAUUUAUUGGAACAUGUGGAACAUGUGAUAAAGACUCUAUCAGGGGUCAAAACGUUGCAGUGUUCCACAUCUUCUAGUAAACGUGCUUGAAGUCAUUGGAGUGCCUGGAUUAUCUCUCUACUUCUGGUAUUUACUCCUUUGGACUAGUGCUGGCCCUUGGUCCAAUUAAGCACCCUUUACUUUACGUGAAUAGAGUGCGGUUCACUUUUCUAUUUUUGCUAAUUAUCUGAAUUAAGACAUGAAUAGUAAGACAGUAUUAUGGAAAUCAUACAAAGUGACCUUUCACGCUUUUUAUAAAUCUUUUUUUUAAACUUUUACAUAAUUCCUUUCUCCAGACAUUUUUCACAUCUCACCCUGAUUACUCAUCAUUUAUCCUUAUCUCCAUAAAGCAAGGCUUUUUAUCCAGUCAAAUUGUUCUUGUCCACUAUCAAGCUCUUUUCUCCCCAUUCCCCUGGAUAAAACGUCGUAAAAGAAAUAAAGCUCUGCGUGGUUAAACUCAGCUUCAGUUAGCUGAACAUUCAGCUCCACAGAGAAAAAAAAGUUCUGCAAGGUUAUACAGAGUAUAAUUGUAGAUUAUACUAGCUUUAGUGUAACUAUAAUCUUAAUUUUAUUAAUGACAGGAGGCGAAUAUUUGCUUAAGUCUCUCUUUACUAGAACUCCACAGCAGCACAUUAACAUUGAGAUAAAAACACCAGAGGAAAAAAAAAAUCAGGAAUCUAUAAAAGGCUUCUCCCAACUAACUAUUUCCUCUUUCACGCUGCGAAAAAUAAAGUACAUAAACAAUACACAACAAAUACAAUAACAGGAGAAACAAACAUAACAUAACGAUGAAUGCCAUCCGAAAUUGAAACCGUGGAACCAGUGAAAUGUACUGAGAAAACAUGAAUCCCCAUCGUAAAUACUGACAGUACAAUAUCCCAGAUAGUGAAAAAACCUGAAUCCCCAUCAUAAAAUACUGACGGUACCAUAUCCCAGAUAAACACCAACUCCCCCAGAUAACCAACCUAGCCCAGGAGACCAGGUGAAUAAACAACAAGUCAGUCAAACCAACAAACAACAAGGGGAGGGAGAAACUGGGAGGGAAAUAUUCGCCCUAGUAUAAUCUACAAUUUUGUAGCAUGACAGGAGGCUUCAUAUUUGCUGUUUUAACGUUCGGACAGCAAAGACCAAAGAAACAUGAUCCGCCGUACCAACCUAAACUCUGCAAAGAUAGCUCCUCGUAACCGUCAGGAAAGCAUACGAUGUCUUUACCUGAAGUCGGUACCUGAAGUCGCAGUGUUACGGACUGAAGUGAACCGAAAAAACCUAUACGCCCCGCCAAUGCCAACCACAACCAAGCUGUACAUGAAGGGCGAGAAAAAGGGAAAAACCAUUUAAACAAACGGUGACGUUGAACACUGCCUAAGUGGGAGUGCUACCAAAGUAAGAAUAUGACCCUCGGGUCCGACUAAGGCUAGUAGACAACUAAGGUCCGAACCGCCGAACCUAUCUGAAAGAAAAACAAGGUAUAAUAACUGAAAUAAAUCCAGAAUCAGUGAAUGGGCAAAACCCGACAGAACCCACCAUAGGAGCAUGACAAAAAUGCGUGUACCCCUUGGGGAGAUGAAUACCCGUCCUCAGGAAUCGUAAAGGGAAUUCUAACCAGAGCGAGGCCCGCUGACAACGCGCUACCUAAUCUAAUUAAUAUGGCAGUCCCGGUAAUAAAGUGACCGAACAAUACCCGAACCCUGUAAAAGCGGUAGCAAAAUUAGGUGAUCCGUACCAGACCCAACUAUGUCAGGGUCACCAUGCAGACCAAAGUGUCACAAUCCCCGAGAUCAAAUGAGCAAGGGUCCAGGGAAUCCAGGAACUAGGUUCGACUCUGCUGAAGCGGAGAUCAUAAUUCCAAAGUACCAGCAGACCGAGGCACCUGUAGAAAGGUCCUGAGACCAAACAAACGGAGGAGACUUGUCCGUGUCUCCGUGUCGAACACUCCUAGAGGGAAGCGUCCAUCGCUGAGCAAACGGGUCCAUCACCCAGCCGAACUGGUCAGGGCCUAAUGGGUUCUCCUCCGUGGACUAAAGUCUUAACGCCGGGUCCUCCCAGAGAAAACUAUUCCAUACGUACGAGAACUCGGGCAGAUGAGAGUGUAGAAGGCACCCCCGUGCGUCCAAUCCGCCCUCCAGGACUCCACUCCUUGAGAUGUAGAGGAGGUCGAUAUUUCCCUGGUUAAAAACUAAAUACAGGGACUCGAACAAGGGAAAACGCAGGGAGCGUCUGACCUUUCGGUCUGGGAGGUACCUCGCAGGGGGUCCGGCAAGCCCGUCCAGGUAGACCGUACAGCAAAUAAAAAGAGAGAGUAAUAGGCGCUCACUAUAAAAAUAAGUGAAUAAGCAGCAGUAUACAAAACAAGGAUUCCCAAAACCUUGUGGAAUAGAUAGAACAAAACCGCGCUGUUAUAGAUAUGAAUAAUACAUACAUAUACUUGUAGGUAAUUCCAAUGAGUCAGAGAUCUCGGAAUAAAUAAAAUGAAAAAAAUAAUAGUGCAAUACAGUAACAAUUAAUAACAUGAGAUGGUGAUUAUAACUUGUAGUUCAAUCCACUCACAUUUGUAUGAGCUAUAACAGAGCUCAGCUGUAAUGCGCUUGGACGGUAUAAUCCUCGUCUUAGGUCAAAAUAUUUUGAAGUACAGUAUGCGUAAAAAAAAGGAAAUAGCAGCCAAUAGUGAAGUAAGUACUUGUGACGAAGUGCCCUUCGCCACUUGUGCCUGGAGAGGACUGCUUGCCCGCCUCUUGCCCUGUGACUAUGGCCCCUGGGAUGUAUUGCCCUUUAAAGACAUGAUUUGGGCAUAAUGGAUUUGUGUUGUGCUGCUGCUGGCCCUUUAAGAACCAUCUGGGGACAUACUGUGGAGUUACUGGGUGGCCACCAUUUCCUGUAUCAGAAGCACAUGGUGAGAACAAUGGAUGGCGGCCAUUUUAACUCACAGACACUGUGUGGACUUUUCAACACGGUGCCAUCUCGCCAGUAUUUGAUGCACAGAGACAUCGUGCAGUGGUUUUGGACUAUACAGCAGGGGACACAUUAUAAAGUGAUUGUUUUUCAUUUAGCCUUUAUAUGUUCUGCAGAAUCUGCAUUAAACUGUAUUUUCCAAAGUACUGAACGGAUCUGGGUGAAUUUUGGAUAUGUGGUUCACCCAGAUCCCCCGGUUACAAGGAUAUACUUUUUAUGGGGUUAUUGCAUGUUUUGGGGUCCCUGUGUGUUUUAUAAAAUUGUAAUGUUUCUGGCCAGCAGAUAAUUGAGCUUUGUGUAUUGUAGCAACUCAAUUAUCUAGCCUGGCCCAGAGGAGGAGUUUUGUGUUGCAUAAAUUGUGAGUUCUGUGUGCCACUAAAUCAGUCUUGUUCCAGCAUUAAGCCUUGGCUCAUGUUUGGGGGAAGGGAUACCUACACUCUGGGGAUUGCUAUAAUCACUUACCCCCCAGAGGAAGCUCUUGCAAUAGCUUGAUUUGUUCCUGUUCCUGCUCUCUGGGGAAAGAGAGGUUCACCCACUGGAAGCUGGAUCCUGGCCUUGGGUCCAGGGUGGGUGGAAACAGCAGAGACCCCGGCGCAGUUGCAUCGCUGGAAGUGGGGUCUGCAGUGCUGAUGGUGUCGGUUGGAGUGCUUGGAGUCCUCAGCGAGCACUAGGAGCAUCGAUUGGCGGAGGUACUCAGUCGGAGUGCCAGCGUUCCGUCACAGUACUAUUGAUGGAAUUAGUAAAAUUUGGUAAUGUACUUACAAUUUUCUGAGCAUGUAACUUGCUCUAGUAUAGACAGCUCAGCUGGUAUAAUCCCCACCAAGGAUAUGCAGGAUCCAGGAAGUAAAAAAAUGAAUAUAAAAGUAACUAAUUAAAAGUAUACUUUAAUAUAAAACAAAACAUGGUAUAAACAUAAAAUUUGUAAAAAAAAGUCCCACUUAACGCGUUUCGCCCGGUAGGCUUCCUCUGGGUUCCGUUUUUAUGUGGUCCUAAAUGUUCAAAUUACUUCCUGGUGUGCUUCUUCCGUUUUCCUGGUUCCCGUGGAACGCAUGUGUCAUACCGGAAGUGACUCGGUGUACACGUCAUACCAGAAAUGACGCGGCGCCAUAUAUUUACUGUUGUAUUAUUCUUGCGCCGCUCAUGGAACGCACGUAUCGCUGGAAAAAAACGUAUGUUGCGUUCCAGGUGCUUACACAGAGUGUUCAAGCCCGUAAAGGAUGGGCAUGCCCAUUUAACAAGAAAUAGCAAAGCGGCCAUAUUUAAUAUGGGCAUAGGAGAAAAAAGAUAAGAUAAAAACAUAUUUAAUAUGAUGAUUUAGUAUAUAGGUAAAUAUUUAACAGUGCUUCUGGUAAAUAUAAAGACAAUACAUACAAAAAAGGAGGAAUCAGAUAAAAAAACAAUACUCACAGGUAAUAGUGGGUAUUUAGGCAUAAAAUCUCUGAUAUAUAGUGGUGUUAUAUUGUGAUAAAAAAGACAUAGUAGAAUUUUGGACAUAGAUUGUCUCUUACUAUGUUCAAAAGUGAUAUAGACCAAUAAAUUAAAAAUUAUUGAUGUGGCGAAACCAACCUCGCCACUGUGAACUGGAGAAGCCUGGUUGCUCGCCUGCUCCCUUUGGACUAUGGCCCUGCAGGUUAAACUGUUUAUUUCCCCUGCAGAAAGGCUUAUUUGUGUGAUCUGAGUGCCAUUCAUCUAAUAAUGUGCACUCAGAUCCCAGCUAUCUGGGGAUAUGUGAAAUGUCUGUGUGUUAUGUGUAAAUGUGACUUUAUGUAUUUUAAAGUGUUUUGUGUCUUUUUGCAACCAUGUGCUUAAUGGAGUCUUGUGUCUGUCCUGGGAGAUAAUUGAAUUACUUCUCAAUUCAAUCUCCAGGAUAGAAGACUCAAACUGGUUUGGGCCAGAAAGCCAUGCUUCAUUUAGUCACAAAGUACUUUCCCUUAACUUUUGAACCCCUGGUCUGAUUCGUGCCAUUUUUUAAUAUGUUGUUCCCCUGAAUGGAUUGAUUAUGAAAAUGUAUGUUUUAUGUUUGUGACAUGUAUAUUUUAGAAGUUAUAAAUAUUGUGUAAAAACUGUAUUCCUCUGCCGGUGAUAAUGAGAUUACCCAUUGUGUUCAGUACUCAUAUCACAUGCAGAGGGGAGGAUUUUGUGUGGGAGUGUCUGGGUGUAUUGUACGGAUUGAUUGGUUGUUUUGUAACGCCCUGUGGGCUGUAUUAUGUUUGUGGAUUGGGAAUAAAAGAUACUGUAUGUGACAGUACAGGGAGUUCCUGCUUAACCCUCAAAGUGAAGUGUCGUCUCAUUAUUGGGGGAAGGAUUUAUUGUAUGCUGUUCCAGUUUGACUGCUAGGAGAGUAAACCUAUUCGUAUGGUUCCUACUCAACUGUCUACAGCAUUCAUAUGCUUGAGAGCAUUCAUAUGCUCCUACGGUUCGGUGGUUUUGGAGUCUGCCAGAGUGCUUGGAGUCCUCAGGAAGCGCUAGGAGCAUUCUUCAACGGAGGUACCCAGUCGGGGUGCCAGGCGAUCCGUUACAAUUGACAUGAUUAUUGACAUUAAUAUAAUAUUCAUAUAAUUCCGUGAAGAGGAGUAGUUGUAAAAGUUUGGUAAAAAGCAUAAAACUAUUUAAAAGAAAAAAACAAAACUCCAUAGACAAAUAUAAUAAAAAGACUUAUACGUUAUAAAAUAUAUCUAUAUAAAAAAAUAUAUAAUAUAUAUAAAAUGAAAAAUUUAUAAAAAAAAUUGUAUAAAUCAAAAUCCACGUUGAGUCCAUUUGGAUGUAAACUAUCUAACGGAUAUACCCACUGCAUUUCUGUUCUUCCAAUCUUCCAAUCUUCCAACAUCUCCUCCUCUCCAAUGGUACAAUCUUACAAUUGCAAUCCCAGUGAAUGAGAGGUGCUUAGGGUCAUUAUUAUGCAUGCAAAAGUGAGCUGGUACAGAGUGAUUGUUUAGACCUUUUUCUAUAUUUCUGCAGUGUUCUGCUAUUCUUAUUUUUAAUGGUCUAAUGGUCCUAUCCACAUAUUGGAGGCCGCACGGGCAUUCCAGUAGGUAUAUUAAGUUUUUACUGUUACAUGUGAUAACAUCCUUAAUAUUAUAUAUUUUACCGGUAAUAUUAUUUUUAAAGACCGUACAGCAAGAUGUCCUAUAUUGAUGGAGAGUUGCGUCCGGGUCCCAACGCGUGGAAAACGAGAAAGAUCUCUUCAGAUAGUUCUGGUAUUCCUGAAUGUCCUCAAUUCCUCCCAACCUGCAAAUCAGUUUGUAUUGUCGCCCAAAUGACUGAUUCACAAGAUACCUAUCUCACCAGAGAGAAAAUAGAGGCCACCUUACCAGAACUGGGCCCGCGGUCCCUAGAAGUUUCUUGAGGGCCACGUCUAAUUCAAAGUAACUAAUGAAUAUAAGUUCAAUCGUAGACUCGUGCCGGGACUCCAAGGGGCUCAGAUCCCUUUAUCCCAAGCACCUCCAGCGGUCCAAAUUGCGUUUAGGAUAGGGUCGUCUCCCACCCCAGACUCAGGGGCCCAUCUGGGAUGUCAUCCGAAAGUGGAGGCAAGUGUGAAAUUCCGGGUCAAGGGUCCAAUCCCCUAUAAAAGGUACAGGUUGGAGCUGAGAUAAGCCUCUUUUCUCUAUUUGGAGCUGAGAUAAGCCUCCAUCAAGUAUUUCCAUGUAAAAAAGGACACAUCUUAUACUUCCUCGUAUGUUCCGCUAGCACAACUCACUCGUGUAGCGGAGAACAAUCAGCUUGCCAGUGCAGACUUUAAAGUAUAGGCACUGCAGUACACCUGUAAUCAGGGAACUCACCAACUGAGUUAGCGCACAAGAGGUGCUCCAUUGGUCAAUAUGAUAAAACAGAGCGCUGCAAGCAAUCAUCUGAACAAACAAAAAAGGGGGUGGGGGGGUGAGUAUAAGUGGUAACACUGCCAGUUGUGCCUGUAACCCUUGAGGGGUGGUGCACAGCUCUAUAUAGCAUGCCUGUGAUCUAUAUCAUCCACUAUGGUUCCCAGUAGCCUAACCUGCCAGCCACAUGGGGCACAAAGCCAGGACAGCCUGAGGGUGCAAUGCGACCAAGUCAUAGCUGAGUCCCAGUCAAAGCUACAGCACAUGUGCCUGCCAUCGACGGAACUAAUGCGGUAAGUCUGGAAACAGCACUCUGCCCGUCGCACUGCAUGGGAAGGUAACCCCCCACCCAUGCCGCGGGAGCAGUUAUACCGCGAGCAGAAGCGUGGGUCGGGUGGGGGGUGGUGGCAGAGGAUCUCGCUCGGUGGACGGAGCCGGCGGGAUCCAACACGAGUCUUACUCCGGGGUCCUGGCGGUCGGCAACGGAAAGCAGUCAGAGGACUGCUUUCCGGCGGCCACAAAACGGACGAAAAGUGAAGGGGGCAAAGCUACCGGAAAAGGUAGAGGGAGGGAAAAAAGGAAACCCCCCCAAACCCGAGAAGAAAACGAUCCACAGACAGGGGGCCCAAAACAGGAAAAUUUAGAAAAGUCAUAAGAGAAAAUACAUCCUUACAGCAAAAAAGUAGGGACAGAAAAAUACAGUCUAAAUAAAUAAAUAAAUAAAUGAUAAUGGCAGUAGGAAGGUAAACACAUUCUAAACAAAUACAUUCCUGCAGCCAUAAGAAGGUAGAUGCAGAAAAACAGAGUAAAUCAAUCAAUCAAGCAAUCACUACAGCACCAGGCAGGUAGGUGUAAAAAAUACAGUAUAGCUAAAUAAAUCAAUCACUACAGCACUAAGCAGGUAGAUGUAGAAAAUACCCUCUAAACAAAUAAAUCAAUACAGUAAUAAACAUAUAAAUACAGGAAAAUAUCCACAACCACCCAUAUAUAACAGGAGGCAGUGGUACUCUGAUCUGUACUGACUGCGGAGCAGCAAAGAAAGAGGAAGUAGUUAGUUGGGAGAAGCCUUUUAUAGAUUCCUGAUUUUUUUUGUCUCUGGUGUUUAUCUCUCUAUGUUAAUGUGCUGCUGUGGAGUUUUAGUAAAAAGAGACUUAAGCAAAUAUGAAGCCUCCUGUCAUUAAUACAAUUAAGUGUGGCAUUCAGUUCUGCAGGGGAAAUACAUUCUAUGAUGUUUACUUGUUUAGUUAAUAUUUUUAGUUACUAUAUUAAUAUAUUUAGUUACUUUUAAUAUUGUUACUGUUAAUAUCGUAUCUUCCGCUUCCUCCUCACUACAUGAUUUUGAAGAUUUUCAUUACUAUGUGGACAAACAACGUAAAACAUUUGCUCAAUAACAAUCCAAUGUUUUCUUCUAGUGAAUUUUAAAUGCUGUAAAUGAUCUACAGAGACCCGAGACUGCAUAUCAUUAGACAGCUCUCAUGUUUCCCUUAUUACCAGUCUCUUGUCCCUUUCUUUAGGUGGGGGUUAUCAGCUGGGGAUCCAUAAGCCAUUGCAGAGGCCCCGUCAGACUCAAAACUCCAGUUCCAGAAGAUUCCCGGGACUUCCAUAUCAGUAUUUUCUCCAUGUUGCCCUGGAUAGAGGAGAUUGUGAAAGAAGAACUUAUCUACCUUCCCAACUGAAGCCCUCGAUCUCGGUCGGAGUUUCAGGAAUACAGAAGGGGGCUAUGUAACAGGGGCGGCGGAAUUGACGCUGUAAACCUUUUUUAAGUAGCUUCCAAUAACCUUGAACCUCCUAGGGUAAUAUUAGAAUUAUACAAAGUAUUCAUAGUUUAGAAAACACCUACCAAGUUAACAGGUGGAGACUCCCAUUGGCUGUAUUCUAUCUGCAUUUGAUAAAAAGUAAAAAUUAAAGUGAUUGGGCGGCAUCAUAUUAAAGUGUAAAGUUUCAUUAUUCUACCGCCACAUGGAUCUGUUUCCCUAGCGUAAAUGCUAAUAACGCACAAGAACAGGUAAAUAGCUAAUGUAAGGCUGUCAGUUAUAGCUGCAAACUGUGAAACGUUUUGCAGCUACAAUCCGCUAAUACUACAAUCCGCUAACUGAUCAGACCAUAAUAAUAAAUCAAAAAGUAUAACGAAAACAAAAACACAAACAAAUAUGGGGACCACAUUUGGAUCAGAAGAUGCCCAGUCUACUUGAUCCAGUAUAUUAUAUGUGGGCCCAGGAGAUGCCCAGUUUAUUGGGUCCAUAUAUCUAAAUGAUGGGUAUCUGCCAACCUCCUUGCUCCCAUCCUUGGUGGCUAGACUUCUCCCUGUCUCUCGUCAACCCAAAUAUUCCCCUACCUACCUCCUCU